UCCCCUGCAGUUUCUGCCCGUGCCCGCGCUCUCCGCUGCGCUCUCUGCCAGCGAAGUGAAACGCCGGGGGUGUCGAGCGGCUGAGAUGACCGGCUUUUCAUUGCGCCUCAGCAGGCUUUCCAAGGAUGGAAACUGAGGAGGAGUGAAGCUUUCCAACGGGAAUAUGGCCACUGGGUUCGGCAGCGAGGGAGAGCCAGAUCAGAGACUAAAUAUGGCAUUUGGACAGUAUGAAACAGAUGAGAUUCUGAGAACUACCUCUGAGCAGAAAAAUGCUGCUGGAGGUGAUGGAAUCUCAGGAUCCAGGAUAACAGAGCAAAGGUUGUCAACUCUAAUCACAGAGCAUGAUAAACACUUGGAAAAAAUGAGAGAGCAGCUGCAGCUGUAUAAGGUACAAAUGUGUGAGAUGAGAAAAAAAUUUGAAGAAGUCACCAAUGAAAACGAAAGGCUGCAUGCAGAGUUGAGAGAGGCUGUUGAGAAGCAGCUGGAGGCUCUUCCUUUCCUGCCUCUAGGAACUGAUAUGAUUGGAGAUGAAGAAAUAGUGAGAAACCUCCAAGAACAACUACAACUGACAAGUCAAGAAAAAGAGCAAGCAGUGGAGCUGUGGCAGACGGUGUUACAGGAACACGACCGGCUCCAGCAGCAGUACCAGGAGCGCAUGGCUGAAACACAGAUCCAUGUGGCUGAAAGGCAAAAGCAAAAAAAGCAACUGACUGGCUUUCAACAGUUGACUGAGCAACUGCAUGUAGCCAAUGUGAAAAUAGAGAUGAGCAAUCAACAGUUUCUGAAAACUAUAACUGAACAGAAUGUGGCACUUGAGCAGCUACGAAAACAGCUGAGAAAAGCCAAAACAGAUGGAAGGACAGCAAAUGCAAAGGUUGAUGAAAUGACCAAACUGGUAGAGAAGCUUCAAGGCCAAUUGGAGAGAAAGGAAGAAGAAGCAGCAUCUGCCCAGCAAAGAGAAACAGCAUCUGACAAACGCCUGCAGCAACUGCAGUCUUGUAUAAAACAGUUAGAAACCAGGUUACGUGUUACUGUCCAACAUGCUGAAGAGCUGCAAACAGAAAGAACAGCCCUGGAGAAACAAAUUGGAGACCUUCACACAAAGUGUGCAAAUCUAAGAAGGGAGAAAUACAAUGCUGUUGCUAAAGUUGAAGAUUGCAUACAGCUCUUGGAAGAAGCCAACCUACAAAAAAGUCAGGCACUCUUUGGGGAGAAACAGAAGGAAGAGGACAUUGAAAAAAUGAAAGAUGAAAUGUCUCAACUUACAGAAGAUGUGGCUGCAAGAAUUAGAAAGGCAGUGGACUCCACAAAGAAGCAAUACAAUGUGCAGAUUUCCCGACUGACAGCAGAACUUUCAGCUCUCCAGAUGGAAUGUGGAGAAAAACAGAGUCAAAUUGAACGAGCCAUCAGAGAAAAGAGAGCAGUGGAAGAGGAACUUGAAAAGAUUUACAAGGAAGACAGAGGACAUGAAUCUGAAAACAGAAAACUAGACCAGCUGCAUGAGAAAUAUUUACUUGCAGAAACUAGAAAGUGUGACCUUCAGCUGAGCCUACAGACAACAGAAAAUAAACUGAAACAACUGAAAAUCAACUCUGAGAAAGAGAAAUCUCGUUGCCAGGAAGUCAUCUCUAAAUUGCAAAGCACUCUGGAUUCAGAAAGAGAAAACAGUGCUUUUGUUAGUGAACAAAGGCUGAAACUUCAGCAAGAGAAUGAACAAUUGCAAAAAGAAAUGGAGGGCUUGAGAAAACUGGCCAUAGAGGCUCAACAAAAAGCUAAACUGAAGAUAAGCACAAUGGAGCAUGAGCAUGCUCUGAAAGAAGAUGUGUAUGAAGCUCGACUUAAGGAAAUGGAAGACACCAGUCAGAAGUCUACUGCUGAGCUUAGACGUUUGUUAGUGGCUCAGCAAAAAGCAACAAGCAGGUGGAAAAAAGAAAAAAAGAAUCUUACUGAAACUACAGAAGCCACAAUCAGUAAGCUGAAAAGUGAGCUGAGUCAGCAAAAACUUCGUAGCCAGGAACUCAUUGCUCAGCUGGAAAUGGCAAAUGAAAAAGUAAUUGAGGAUGAAAAAUUAAUGACAGAAUAUCAAGAAUAUAUUGAUAGGCUGCAAAAGCGACUCAGCCUGGCAGAAGAGAGGGCAGCUACAGCAUCUCAGAAGCUCAGCCUGAUAACUACACAAAAGAAAAAAGCUGCUUCCCUGAAGGAUGUGGAAAACAUUUAAGCACAUGUACUGUUCAUUCAUACCAUGUUGGAGUCAAGAAGAUUGCCAGAGAUUCUUCAUACUGGAACAUGAAAGUUGAAUGCAUAACAAGGCUGUAAAACUUAAAUAAACAUUUAUUGGUUUACUCAGGUAAGAAAGGAGAGAAAUUAAAAUACUCUGUCUGUAAACAUAAUGAAGAUUGGCAGAAGAGUCAAAAAUGUUGUGAUUGAAGUCCUUUAAAGUAGCUGAUGGUGAAGUAACAGCUGGGAAAUGCCUCCUCUGGCUUCCAGAUUUAACAAUUGGGUUCAGUUUGUUCUGAUGUCCCUGGGAAACAGUUAAUAAAUAAAGUGCUGUUAUGGCUAUUCCUACAGCUC